AUGCACGCUAACCAUCGCCAACCACGGAACCCCACAGUGACGGGCGGUCUUCUGUACCUUUUCUCCCGCAAGGAGAGAGCAAAGCGAAAGCAACAGACCCAGGCAGAGCAACUCGCGCCGCUCCAAGUGCCUCCAGCUUACCAAACCGACUUCUACGAACCGCUCAAUGGGCCCCGCUCGGCGCAUCCCCGGCCGCUAUCCUCUUUCGCCCCGGACGCCAGUCGCCAGGCCCACUAUGGCCACUAUGGCCAUUAUCCCCACCCGUCUGGCAGCCACUAUGGUCACUUGGGUCACUAUGGUCACCAAGAUCCGUAUCGCAACCACAGUGCCUACCCGCAGCAGCUCCCGCGAGCAUCGUUUGACAGCCCUCCACGAUACCCAGCCCUGCCAACGUACGAUCCUUCCAGAUACCAACCCAUUGGGCCCUCGUUGACCCCCACUGCCGAUCGGUUCUCGUUUAAUCACCCUAAUGCCAGGGGCCAGACUCGUCUGAGCGAGGUGCACUAUCCUGAUGCGCGGCCCUUGUCGAUCUACCAGCCGCCUCCCGUCCCGGACCUAGCCCCCGCACCGCCGAUUCCCCAGGGGAGGGCUACGCACGCGCGAACAAAAUCGAUCAGACCAUUUCCAGCCGCUGCCUCGGCCGGACAGCGUUCGUUUGGACCAGGGGAAGGGAGGGAACGGAGUAUCUCUGAGCCAAUGCCUGCCGGCCCCGCGCAAGGUAGCCGGGGGUCGCGACGGCCCAAACCGGUGUUGUCACGGUUGGUGACCAAUUUCGGUUAA